AAAUCACAGAGAAAAUUCAAAAUGGCUGACUUCCUGUGGGGUUUAGAGCUUGGUUCCAAUGGACUUUUUUGUAGGUCUUGAGGUGAUAGAUGACCCUACCAAAUUUCGUAUAUGUACGUUUUUCGUAGCGGGAAAGCUGUUCUCUUGAAAUUUUGCAGGAGUCAUUUCUACACGCCCACUUCUGACGCCUGCACCACAUGUAAAUUUUCGUCACUUCUGACACAUGUGCAUAGUUUCGGUGCUCGGGCCCUAAUUAUAGUUGCAGAAGUUCUCAGUGUAUGAUUUACUGUGUCAAAUUCUUCAUAAUAAAUUUCUCUGUUCAUUUUAGAUCAGAAAGCGGUAAAGGAGGAAAUUUCACAACUCAAUGAAAUGGAGGAGAAACCUCAUCAUUUGAUACCCAAAGAAGAAUCUCUGAGCUGCUUGAUAACUGCCAACAAGGCAACAGCCAAUGAUGCUCUUAUUUGCCCUCAGUGCGGAAAGACCUUCGCUAAGAAAUGUUAUCUUAAUCACCACAUGCAAAUUCACACUGGAGAAAAACCUUAUAGGUGUGAUCAGUGUGGAAAGAACUUCAUUUGUAAGUCUGACCUUAAUGGGCACAUGAGAAUUCACACUGGAGAAAAGCUUUACACAUGUGAUCAGUGUGGAAGGAGUUUUAAGAAUAAAUGGCGCCUUACUGAGCACACAAGAACCCACACUGGAGAAAAACCUUACAGAUGUGAUCAGUGUGGAGGAACCUUCACUCGCAAGCCUGACCUUAAUAAGCACAUGAAAAUUCACACUGGAGAAAAGCCUUACAGAUGUGAUCAGUGUGGAAAGCGCUUCAGGGUUACGUGGAACCUUAAUCAGCACAUGAAAAUUCACAUUAGAGAAAAGCCUUACACAUGUGAUCAGUGUGGAAAGAGUUUUGAAAAAAAUUGGCACCUUUAUGAGCACGUGCAAAUUCACACUGGAGAAAAACCUUACAGAUGUGAACAGUGUGGAAAGACCUACAGCAGUAAAUGGAACCUUAAACACCACAUGCCAAUUCACACAGGAGAAAAGCCUUAUAGCUGUGAUCAGUGUGAAAAAUCCUUCAAUUGUAAGUCCUAUCUCAACAGGCACAUGAGAAUCCACACUGGAGAAAAGCCUUACAAAUGUGAUCACUGUGGAAAGAGCUUUAUUCGUAAGUGCGAUCUCAAAAGGCACAUGAGAAUUCACACUGAAGAAAAUCCUUACCGUACAGACUUUUGUGUUUCCACCCCUAUUUCUGACAAGGAGUUCUGGCAGAGGCGGAACAAACUCGCCUCCCUUCGUCCGCGGGGACAACCAGUGGACGAGUUCGCUCAGAGGUUUUGGGCGGAGUCACAGGGUCUGCGUCUCAACGUGACUGAAAUGAAGAUCUGGUUCAAUCACUGCUGGGGCGAGCCUGUCUCGAUGCAGGAGAUUUAUGAGCUGAAGGAGUUGGAUUUUUUCGCUUUUGCCCGUCAUGUGGAUUUACGUAGCAGAGGGCAUGAGCGAUUUAUGCCGGAGUUGCCCGAGGCAAAAUCUGCAGCCUCCGCGCUACAGACUCUCGUGCCAGUGGACGUUAACCCCUCACGUUGCUCACGACACCGGCGACGGAGGAGGAAACCCAAGGCCGAGCGAGCUACUGUUAGCACGGACGCUAUUCUCCCGAGUCCUGUUUCCCCUGUGUCAGCGCCCGUGCUUAAGAUGGCCGCCACGUCAUUCCACUCCAUGCCUCAGUUUGCUGAUGUUAAUCCUGCCACAGUAUUCGAGUUUGCCACAACCAUACCAGCCCCGACUUGUCAGAAAGCCACCAUCAUCACCGUUCCAGUAGUUAAAGGUGCAGUAGGAACACCCGCACCCAUUCUCAAGAUGGCUCCCAUACCCGAACCGGUUCACAACAUGACUGCCACACCUACUCCUUUUCACGAAACUGCAUUGAUGAACUAUCCAGCACUGCCAAAGUUCCGGUGUUUCAUCACCAGCCUGGUGGAUACCCCAUUGGUAUCUGUACGGGUGGCUGGGGUUCCCCGUCCUGUGGUCUCCAGAUCCGUGGUGCCUGUUAAGUCUGAGGUAUGUUCUCUGCAUUCUGUAAUUCCCAUAUUUGGCAUGGCUGUGUGGUGGGUGUGGUCCGCGUACUGCUCCUCUGUCUCCUGUGAUGCUUUCCAGAAACCUGAAUCCUCUAAGUCCCCCGAGUCCCGUGAUUCCCCUGAGCCGAGCGUGGCUCGCCCAACCAUCGCUCGCCACGUCACUUACACAGCUGUGCCUUGUUUCAGCGAGUGCGGGGAUUUGCCGGUGUCUAUGUUCAUCAUGAGAGAUCAGAUGGAUGUGAUGUGCUGUAAAUCAGAUGUAUCUGGUGUCUCUCUCUGUGGCUUUACUGAUCAAACAUCUACAGAUCUUCUGGUUUCUGUCUGUAAUGAAGACCAGAAGACAUCAGUGAAUCUGCUGGACUGUGGGAUAGAAGUAAAACAAGAAGACACAGAAGAAGAUGAAGAUUAUUUGAUUUAUUCAGAUCAGAAAGCGGUAAAGGAGGAAAUUUCACAAUACAAUGAAAUUGAGGAGAAACCUCAUCAUUUGAUACCCAAUGAAGAAUCUCUGAGCUGCUUGAUUACUGUGAGGGAUUCAUCACCUAAAAGGAACAACAAGCAAAAGGCAACAGCCAAUGAUGCUCUUAUUUGCCCUCAGUGUGGAAAGACCUUCACUAAAAAAUGCCACCUUAAUGGGCACAUGAGAAUCCAUACUGAAGAAAAGCCUUACGGAUGUGAUCAGUGUGGAAGAUCCUUCACUCGCAAGUCUGACCUAAAUAAGCACGAGAGACUUCACACCGGAGAAAAGCCUUACGGAUGUGAUCAGUGUGGAAAAAACUUCAAGAAUAAAUGCCACCUUAAUCAACACAUGCAAAUUCACACUGGAGAAAAGCCUCACACAUGUGAUCAGUGUGGAAAGACUUUUAAGAAUAAAUGGCACCUUAAUGAGCACAUGAAAACCCACACUGGAGAAAAACCUUACAGCUGUGAUCAGUGUGGAAGAUCCUUCACUCGCAAGUCUGACCUAAAUAAGCACGAGAGACUUCACACUGGAGAAAAACCUUACAUAUGUGAUCAGUGUGGAAAGAACUUCAAGAGUAAACCGAAUCUUCAUCAGCACAUGCAAAUUCACACUAGAGAAGAGACUUACAGAUGUGAUCAGUGUGAAAAAAACUUUAUUAGUAAGUCUGACCUUAAUGGGCACGUGAGAAUCCACACUGGAGAAAAACAUUACAGCUGUGAUCAAUGUGGAAAAAACUUCACUCGCAAGUCUGACCUGAAUAAGCACAUGAGAAUCCACACUGGAGAAAAACCUUACAGAUGUGAACAGUGUGGAAAGAGCUUCAUUCGUAAGUUCGAACUCAACGGGCACAUAAGAAUUCACACUGGAGAAAAGCCUUACAGAUGUGAUCAUUGUGGAAAGAACUUUAUUCGUAAGAUUGAUCUCAACAGGCACAUGAGAAUUCACACUGAAGAAAGAACUGAUCUGUCCAUGCUGGAUAUUGAUGAUUUGAUGACAGAAAUCACUCAGCUGAAGAAAGAGGUGGCGUUACUGGAGUCAAAGCUCAGACAGAGAGAUGAACUCAACACAAAGGAUGUAUCUGGUGUCUCUCUCUGUGGCUUUACUGAUCAAACAUCUACAGAUCUUCUGGUUUCUGUCUGUAAUGAAGACCAGAAGACAUCAGUGAAUCUGCUGGACUGUGGGAUAGAAGUGAAACAAGAAGUCACAGAAGCAGAUGAAGGUUAUUUAAUUUAUUCAGCUGAACGAUUUGGAACCAAGGCACACAAGCCUGCUCCAUUUUCAUAUGCUUCAAGCCACAGAGCAAGGAAAAUCCAGCGUCUCAUGGAGGAACACGGGCUGUUAAAGAGGCAAUACAAAUUCCAUAAAAGAAGGGAGAAGGAGAGAGCCAUGCAGAGGGAAGCAUUCUUGACCAAUCCAUCCAAGCUGACCAAGCAGCUCAUUGGCCAAAAGAGGGCUGGCUACCUCACCUGCCUCAAGAAUGCCAUAAACGACCACCUCAAGGUCAUCUACAGUGACUCCAUCAAAGAACAACUGCUGGAUCUAUAUUACAGCAAGUUUAGCUUUAGAGUCUCCACUGGCCAACUAACAUCUGAUUGGCAUCAGCUGGAGGUGUGGAUUAUUACUGGCUGUACAAUCUCAGAGCUAGCAAUAGACAUGCUGGUCAAGGUAGCUGAAUCGGAGUGCAGAGGCCCCCUCAAGUCUGGACUAAGGCAACCACCUUUAAGAGCCUUCAUGGACGACCUCACAGUGACAACAAUGGUGGUACCAGGGGAAUUCUCCAGAGUUUCAGACCUGAUGGAGCCAAAAGAAGAAAUCACAAAUGCAAGAGAACAGACAGAUCAAGAACUGAAAGCAAUAAAGGAGGAAAUUUCACAACUCAAUGAAAUGGAGGAGAAACCUCAUUAUUUGAUACCCAAGGAAGAAUCUCUGGGCUGCUCGAUUACUGUGAGGAAUUUGUCACCUAAAAGGAACCACAAGCAAAAGGCAACAGCCAAAAAUUCUCUUAUUUGCCUUCAGUGUGGAAAGACCUUUCCCUAUAAAUAUAAACUUAAUAAGCACAUAAGGAUUCACACUGGAGAAAAACCUCACAGAUGUGAUCAGUGUGGAAAAAGUUACAUGAAUAAAUGGCACCUUAAUGACCACAGGAGAACCCACACUGGAGAAACACCCUACAGAUGUGAUCAGUGUGGAAAAAAUUACUUGAAUAAAUGGCACCUUAGAGACCACAUGAGAACCCACACUGGAGAAAAGCCCUUCAGGUGUGAUCAGUGUGGAAAAACCUUCUGUCGCAAGUAUUCCCGUAAUGUUCACAUGCAAAUUCACACUGCAGAAAAACCUUACAAAUGUGAUCAGUGUGGAAAUACCUUCAAGGGUAGAUGCUCCCUUAUUGUUCACAUGCGAAUUCACACUGUAGAACCUUACAGAUGUGAUCAAUGUGGAAAUACCUUCAGGAAUAGAUGCUCCCUUAUUGUUCACACGAGAACUCACACUGGAGAAAAACUUUACAGAUGUGAUCAGUGUGAAAGAACCUUCACUCGGGAGACUGAAUUUAAUGUUCACAUGAUAAUUCACACUGGAGAAAAACCUUACAGAUGUGAUCAGUGUGGAAAAAGUUACAUGUAUAAACGGCACCUUAUUGACCACACAAGAACCCACACUGGAGAAACGCCUGACAUAUGUGGUCAGUGUGGAAAAAUUUUCAUGAAUAAAUGGCACCUUAAUGACCACAUGAGAAUUCACACUGGAGAAAAGCCCUACAGAUGUGAUCAGUGUGGAAAAACCUUCGGUCGCAAGUAUUGCCUUAAAGUUCACAUGAGAACCCACACUGGACAAAACCUUACAGAUGUGAUCAGUGUAGAAAGAGCUUUAUUGGUAAGUUCAAACUCAACGUGCACAUGAGAAAUUCACAGUGAAUAAAGGCAUACAAAACCCCCUACUAUGUCUAUUUAACAUUUGAAAAGUCACUUAAAGCUACCUCCGUCCAAUAUGAGUUAAUGAUAUUAACCGAAUGCUCUUGGCACUUAUUAUAUGUUCAUCAAAUACUUAUGCUUCAAAUCGGCUUAAUCCCAGCCUCAGGCCAUUUAUAAAUUCUGGUUUGUUUGAAUUAAAUGUCUUGAUAGUUUACAGGAAAACAGGUCAGAUGCACUUACUUACUUACUUACUUACUUACUACCAAUUAUGCCUGUUUGGCAUGUAGGGCAACAACAAAGGAUUUCCACUCUUGUCUGUUUUGGUCCAGUGACUUUAUAGAGCCCCAGGUGUAAUUUAGGCUCUUCAGCUCUCCCUCCACCGUCCUGCGCCAAGUAUUCUUGGGUCGGCCUCUUUUAUGUUUGCCAUCUGGUGUCCAGUGAAGGGCAGUUCGUGUGAUGCUUUCUUGGUCUCUACAUAUUACAUGUCCAAUCCAUUUCCAUCGCCUUCUCAUAAUGCGUCAUCAUCAUCAUCCGCUGCGUCAUCAUCAUCACACUGGCUAAGUAGAAGUUGAUUGGAGAUGGUGUUGGGCCAGAAUAUUCUCUUUAUUUUACGUAGGCUUUUAGUGUGGAAGGUCGACAGUUUGUGUAUCACUUUCAGUUGUUCGCCAGCACUCAGAUCCAUAUAGCAGGGUACAGGGCCAGAUGCACUUAGGGGUUUCAAUUCCCAAAAUCCACACUUCAACGGAUAGUUCGGCCAAAAAUUAUACUAGACCCAUGAUUUACUCACCCCCAAGGUGUUCAGUUAAUCAAAUGUAAAGUUACAGGGUCCACGCGCUUCAAGUUAAAAAAAUGUGCAUCCAUCAUUCACAAAAUAAAUCCAAACGGCUCCACACGAUAAACAAAGGCCUUCUGAGGGUAAUCUGCGCUGUUUUAUUGUAAAAAUAUCCACAUUUAAAACUUUAUAAACGAAAAUAAUUAGCUUCCGGUAACGCCGCCAUCUUAGACUCCUCUGUAUUCAGGAGAGAGUAUCAGCAUAGUGUUUGCACUUUUCUUAGUGACGUAUGACAAAUUCGGAAGUCGGGGGCACAGAGCAGCAGCACAGAACCCUCCAUAAACUAGGUACACUCUCAUCUUGAAUAUGAACGCGACUAAGAUGGUGGGGUUACCGGAAGCUAGUUAUUUUCGUUUAUAAAGUUUUAAAUGUGGAUAUUUCUACAACACCGCAUGUUUAUUUUGUGAAGGCUGGAUGCACAUUUUUCGGACUUGAAGGACGUGGACCCUGUAACUUUACAUUUGAUUAACUGAAAGAUCUAAAAAAAAGUAAAAGUCAUAAGUGAUAAGUCAACUAUGGUCCCAUUAGCAGCCAGCACUCGGGCACAGUGAGAUUUAUUUCAUGAACUAACAAAAAAUGUAUGAGAAUUAAAUGUCAAGGCAAUUAAACAGACAAUUAAUUGCCAAAAACGUCAAAGCCCUACAGCAGGCAAUUAAUAAUCAUAAUCAUCACGAUUUAUUAGGCAAUUAACGGUUACCCAAAUUUCAUAAUCUUGACAGCCCUAGUGUCAACGUCAAAGUCUGCGCUACUUUGUUGGCAUCGGUUUGGUGUGUCCCUGCCUUAAGCAACUGUGUCAACAGACUGGGCCAACUUGACCAAUCACAAUGUAUAAUUUGAGACAGACUAGGAAGUGAUGCACAAGAAAAAUGUAAAAUAUAUGACAAAAAAUAAAUGUGAGGUGCGGAUUAAUUAAAGGUUUGUGUACUCUAGGAUCACCUUAUGAAGUUGAAGUCUCUGCGUUCUGUAUUGAAACCUGUCAGUUCACAGUGUGAUUGACUUUGAGGAUUUGCCAGGGUUUGUUCAGAUUUGAUAUGGAUUUAAUGGAUAAAAAUAUUUGAAUGUAAAAGUUACUUUUAAGUAGUAAGCAGAGCUGUUUAAGAAUUGUAUGAAAAUCUGUAUGUCACUAAUAUGUAUUACUUUAAUUUCUCUGUUUAUCCAAAGUUCCAGAUGUUUUUUGGUAGAGAAAUAAAUAAAAUUAUACAACAGUU